AUGUCAGAAGAAAUCAAGAAACAAGAUGAUUUAGCAUCAACCACUGUGCAAAACACCAGUAACACCGCUGGUGCUAGUACAAGUGCUGCUACCGAUGAUGCUCCUGCUGCUGCUACUGCUACUUCUUCUGCUACCAACCCUCAAGAUAAACCAGAGGAAAAAUCCAAGGCUGCUACUGGUGGAGAUGACGUUGACGAUUUAGAUGACUUGUUGGAUGAUUUUGCCGACGAUGUACUCAAUAAACCACCAGGAUCGACGGUCGACAAUCAGUCGCAAAGUGGUGGCUCCACUUCCAGAAAGGAUGGCAAGACAAAUACUGCAUCUGCCACUGAUCCAAUUAAUGAAGAUUUCCAAAACUCUGUUGCUGAGUUAAUCAAGGAUAUGAAGAUUGAAGAUCCGGAAACGCAAAAACAAUUUGAAACUUUGGUGCAACAAUUUGAAACUGAUCAUCGAUCGGAAGCAGAGUCUGGAGCUCAACAAUCUGCCAAUUUUGAUUUUGUCAUGAAGGAGACUAUGGAAAGAUUACGUAAAUCUGGUGAAGAUAUUGACUCCAAGAUUAAAAAUGAUUCUUCCGGUACUAAUCCUGAAGAUAUUUUGACUCAGUUGCUUGCGGGCAUGAAUGAAAAUGGAUUGGGUGGCGGCGAUAUGGAUAUGAGUAAAUUAUUGAUAGACAUGUUGGAACAAUUGAGCUCAAAAGAAGUAUUGUAUGAGCCAAUCAAAGACUUAAACACCAAGUUCCCUCAAUACUUAGAAGACAACAAGAACAAGUUGGAUCAAGAACAAUAUUCAAAUUAUACCAAGCAGUAUGAGAUGACAAAAGAUAUUUUGAAAGUAUUUGAAAGUGAUGGUUAUAGCGACUCAAAUAAGGCACAACGAGAUCAAAUCAAUGCCAUGUUGGAAAGUUUACAAGAAUUGGGUCAACCACCAGUAGAGUUGGUGGGUGACACUGGUGAUUUCUUGCCUGGUUUUGGUGGCAAUGGCAAAGAUGGGCUUGAUGGACUUGAUUUUGAUGGAAAGGAUUUACCACCUGACUUGGAAAAGAAUUUACAAGAAGGGUGUCAACAACAAUAA